GCCCGCUGACGCGACGUACACCGCACCAAGAACCCGUCGGACCCUCCGCCGGCCGCGGCGGGAGCGACUGCCACGCGCGCACGGCCUCACGUGCCGCCCACCGCCCGUGACCCCAAUCCCCAAACGAGACCACGACUAUCCUCUCGGUAUAAGUGCUCCCCCACCACCGCCACCGUCUUCUCCCCCCUCUCCGACCCGAAACCCCUAUCCAUCCGUCCGUCCCGGGGAGAAGACCGCCGGCGGAGGAGACGCGCGUGAGGCAAGAGGAGUCAAAUCCUCCUCCCGCGCCGCCGACCCCACCCGCGGCAUUCUCUCCGGCGCCCCUCGUCAGGCCAGUUAAAAAAACAGCAGCAAGAUGGUGCUGUGGGUCUUCGGGUAUGGGUCCCUGAUCUGGAAACCCGGAUUCGACUUCGACGAGAAGAUCCUGGGAUUCAUCAAGGGCUACAAGCGAACGUUUAAUCUCGCUUGCAUUGACCAUAGAGGCACACCACAGCAUCCAGCCAGGACCUGCACCCUUGAAUCCGAAGAUGAAGACAUAUGCUGGGGAAUUGCUUAUUGUGUCAAAGGUGGUCUAGAAAAAGAGCGAGAAGCAAUGCAGUACUUGGAGAGAAGAGAAUGCGAGUAUGACCAGAAGAUCUCUGUGGAUUUCUACAGGGAUGGAAAUUCUCUGGAACCAGCUGUGACGGAUGUAUUAGUUUUCGUAUCCACUCCUGAUCCAGUUGGCAACAAAUACUAUCUUGGCCCUGCUGCUUUGGAGGAUAUGGCAAAGCAGAUUGCUACAGCCAGUGGCCCUAAUGGAUAUAAUAGGGACUACCUGUUCUCAAUGGAGAAGGCACUGUCCAAUAUAAGCCAUGAAGAUGACUCGAUCAUUGUGCUUGCGGAUGAGGUGAGGAAGGUGCUGAGCAGGUCGACAGAGAAGAAGGUCACCGGCUCCGACAUACCAUUAAAAUCGCAUACACCUGUUGUGCACAUCUCUGCUCUUCCUGAGGGCACCGUUGCGGUUUCAACAUAGUAAGAAGAGCAGCACGGAUGGAUCAGCGAAAGAGAUGGCAUUUUCCUCUGACCACACAUACUCUUUGACAUUCUCCCAUUGAAAGAUCUGCGGUUUACUUCAGCUCUGGCACCAUUGAGGGUGUGCGCUAAUUUUCUUUGGCAACUAUUGUGGCAAAGGCUGUAGCUUCCAGAGUGCUAAUGCGAAAGCCUGAGACUUGAAGUGUUAUUGCUUCCCUUGUGAUACCCUAAUAAUAAAUGCAUUUGGCGACUUCAGCACUUCUGCGCCGCUGAGGCGUGA